AUGAAGGGCCGGCGGCGGCGGCGCCGGGAGUACUGCAAGUUUGCGCUGCUGUUGGUGCUCUACACGCUGGUGCUGCUGCUCGUCCCCUCCGUACUGGACGGCGGCCGCGACGGCGACAAGGGCGCGGGGCACUGCCCGGGCCUGCAGCACAGCCUGGGAGUGUGGAGCUUGGAGGCGGCGGCGGCGGAUGAGCGCGAGCAGGGCGCCGAGGGGCGGCCGGCUGCCUCGGGGGGCGCGGGCCCGUCCCCCCAGUCCCUGGGCAACCUCAGCGGCGAUGUCGCGGAGGCCGUGUCUCGCGAGAAGCAGCACAUCUACGUGCAUGCCACCUGGCGCACCGGCUCGUCGUUCUUGGGCGAGCUCUUUAACCAGCACCCGGACGUUUUCUACUUGUACGAGCCCAUGUGGCAUCUAUGGCAGGCGCUGUAUCCGGGCGACGCCGAGAGCCUGCAGGGCGCGCUGCGCGACAUGCUGCGCUCCCUCUUCCGCUGCGACUUCUCGGUGCUGCGGCUGUAUUCGCCGCCCGGGGACCCCGCCGCGCGCGCCCCGGGCGCGGCCAAUCUCACCACGGCCGCCCUCUUCCGCUGGCGGACCAACAAGGUCAUCUGCUCGCCGCCGCUUUGCCCCGGCGCGCCCCGUGCCCGCGCCGAGGUCGGCCUCGUCGAAGAUGCCGCCUGCGAGCGCAGCUGCCCGCCCGUGGCUCUACGCGCCCUGGAGGCCGAGUGCCGCAAGUAUCCGGUGGUGGUCAUCAAGGACGUGCGCCUCCUCGACCUGGGUGUGCUGGUGCCUCUGUUGCGUGACCCCGGCCUCAACCUGAAGGUGGUGCAGCUUUUCCGUGAUCCACGGGCCGUGCACAACUCGCGCCUCAAGUCCAGGCAGGGGCUGCUGCGCGAGAGCAUCCAGGUGCUGCGCACCCGCCAGCGGGGCGACCGCUUCCACCGCGUGCUGCUGGCGCACGGCGUGGGCGCUCGGCCCGGGGGCCAGUCCCGCGCCCUGCCCGCCGCACCGCGCGCCGACUUCUUCCUGACCGGCGCGCUCGAGGUCAUCUGCGAAGCCUGGCUGCGCGAUCUCUUGUUCGCGCGCGGAGCGCCCGCCUGGCUGCGGCGCCGCUACCUGAGGCUGCGCUACGAGGACCUGGUGCGGCAGCCGCGCACCCAGCUGCGCCGCCUGCUGCGCUUCUCCGGGCUGCGCGCGCUCGCCGCCCUCGAAGCCUUCGCGCUCAACAUGACGCGGGGCGCGGCCUACGGCGCAGACAGACCCUUCCACCUGUCGGCGCGCGAUGCCCGCGAGGCCGUGCACGCCUGGAGGGAGCGCCUGAGCCGAGAGCAGGUGCGCCAGGUGGAGGCGGCCUGCGCUCCAGCCAUGCGUCUGCUGGCCUAUCCUCGCAGCGGAGAGGACGACGACCUGGAGCCGCCUGUGGAUGAGGAGAAGCCGCUGGAGACCGAGGCUGACGGCGCCACGUAG